AUGGAUCAUGAAGAGAAAGAGUCCGAUAAAAGAAAACAGAGUGAAUCCGAUUAUGAACCAAGUAGCAGUCCUACUUCCUCUGAUUCGGACAAUAAUCGAAAAAAAAAGCAAAUUCAGACCAAUAAGAAUGAAGACAAUCCAGCGCCUGCAAUAAAUUCUAUACUAAACAAUGUGAUAAUAUCACAAGAUUUACCAACGUUGGUAAAUCAAGAUCAAUUAUCGACUUUAAUAGUUACAAAUCCUAUCAUCCAAACCCCGGGGACUCCACCGCCAAGGCCUAAUGUCAAUAAUAUACAGGUUACUCCUCAAAAGUCGGUGCUUUUUAAGGAUUCCGUUACCUAUCUACAAAAUCAUAUAAAGAUAGAUGUAAAUGAUCAAGGAAUGAUCAUAAAAGACAAUCAUACUUCGGAAGAAAUCUCUAGUAUAAUUCGUAAUUGGCUCAUAAUGGCAUUAACAUCAUCGAAAGAGGAGUUUGUAAAAGCUAUCAUGACUCCUUUAAGUUCAGAAGCAAGUCCAAAAGAUCAUGAUUUCCGUCAAAUUUGCGAGUUUAUACUUUAUGAUUUUUAUUUUAUGACAAAGAAAGGUCCAUUAAAAAGAGAUAUCGGUGAGCGUACGUAUAUUGUCGAAAGGAUCGUUCCCCUGUUCAAAGCAAUUCAAUCGGUAUAUAAUGAAUACAAAUUUCAUUGGAUCGAAGUUGAAUUGGAUUGUAUAAGGGAAGUGAAGCAGAUAUUCCCCAAGUUUGAUUUACCUAUAAACCAAGCUGAUGGUCUUGGAAUGCGGAAUUCGAGUAACAAGGCGGUCGUUUUUAUCGAAGUAUUGGGUGGGCCUGAAAACACAGAUCAAAAAAAAUUAAAAGAAGAUUCAGAAAAGCUUCUGAAAGAAGCCGUAUUUGGUCUUGUUUCCUUAUUACGAAAUUAUUUGGACAAAAGUGCGGGAGAAUCGAAACAGUUAUACACGUUCAUAAUUCAGGGCAUCGGCGACCGGCUAACGCUCAGUAAAUUAUGCUUAAUAAAUAAGCAUGUUUACAAAGUUUCGCAGAUCAAAUCUGCAACCCUCCCAUUCGAAUUCAUUGAUGUGGCGGAUUAUUUAGCAGUCUUUGAAUUCCUUUAUAUUCUUGUGAGCGAGCUCGAAAUUCAAACGGGUGUAAUUAAUAAAUUAAGGCUAUCUGAAUCAGUCGAUGGCGUAACUGUACCAAGAAUUCGCGAUUGGAUUUGGCUACCGGAUUCGAUUUCUGCAUGGAAAUGCGAAGAGAUUCAAAAUGAAGAUCUAUGA